GUGCUUUGAAAUAGUGAAAGUUUGAUCCAAGCUGAAAUAUUUACAAGGAUAAUAGUAUUUUGAUGAUUUAAGUUUAUGUGAGAUGAAGAGUUGAGUGAUAUGCGAGACAAAGAGUGGGUUCUGGUUGGUCGAGGCAGGCCAAUAAACAGCUCUGCUUUCGAGUCGCCUUCACAUCCUGCUGCACUUCUUUCAGGUUUCCACAAUCUCAGGUCGAAGGGACAUCUAUUAGAUGUUACUCUCAUUGCCCAGGGAGAAGCAUUUAAGGCUCAUAAAGUGGUGUUGGCAUCAUGUUCCGACUACUUCAGAGCAAUGUUCACCGAUGCAAUGCUCGAGUCUCGUCAGUCAGAAAUCUGUCUCAAAGGGGUUUCAGCUGCAGGUAUGAGCCUUCUCCUUGAUUAUGUUUAUACUUCGAGACUUGCCUUGACAUUGGCAAACGUGCAAGAUGUUCUCUCUGCUGCCUCACAUGUCCAACUGCUGCCGGUUGUUGAAGCCUGUUCCAACUACUUACAGUCCCAGCUUGAUAUUGAAAACUGUAUUGAUAUUGCAACUAUAUCUGAAACUUAUUCACUAAGCGGACUUCGAACAGUCGUCAUCCAGUUCAUGUGUUCUCAUCUGGUAGAAUUGUCAGAGUCGCCUGAAUUUUGUCGUCUCCACCCUGGUCAGCUUGAGCACAUCCUUGCUUCAGAUUUUCCUGUAGACUGUCCAGAACUACAGGUGUUGGAACUUACUUUGCGCUGGCUAUCUUUGGCCUGUCUACCUGACCCACAUAGGGCAAUGUGGACCAGCCGAUUCUUGCACAAGAUUCAACUUAGUGAGAUCUUGUGGUGCGACAUUGAGGGGCUCAUUGAAAACGAGGACAGGGUGACUAGGCGGCUGGUCGUAGCAGAGGCCCUGCACCAGACCAAGCUAAUGUCCCCACCAGCCCCUCGCCUUCUCGUCAAUUCUCGAGGCAUGACUCAAUCAAUUGUAAAGGUCGGAGGGUUCAGCAUAGGAGGCAUUACCAACGAGAUAACCUACUUACAACCCAGUUCUGGAAAAUGGCGCCACCUGACUUCUAUACCUCAUGUUGAACAAUGCAACUUCGGGACUGCAGUCCUCCAUAAUGACCUCUAUGUUGUUGGAGGUUGUUUCAACCAAUCUCUGCAAGAGAAUAUUCAUCCAUUUGGAUUCAGGUACUCUCCGAGAAGAGAUUGUUGGGCCACAAUGGCUCCGAUGCAAAGGGAGCGCUGUAGAUUUUCAUUGAAUGUAGCCAGUGGUCAUCUUAUUGCUGUCGGUGGUGUCAGCGAAGGUGAUGGGCCAAUAGCAGAAUGUGAAAGGUAUGAUCCAGUAGGGGAUGUUUGGGAGCGAAUAAGCUCCCUUCCUGGCCCAAGCACUCUCCACGCGGCCGCCACUCACAAUGGAUACCUCUAUGUCUCAGGAGGUCUGGAUCGUGAUAUCGCACUCAGCACUAUGAGAAGGUACGACUGGAGGCAGGACAGGUGGGAGACGUUAGCACCUCUACUGUCAGCCAGGGCUGACCACACAAUGCUCGUUAUGGGCAAUAGUCUCUACAUUUGUGGUGGCUGGUUAGAUGAUGAUUCCACUGGAAAUAGGAUCUUGGUAGACUCAAUCGACAGGUAUGACCCAAGUGAGGACAGCUGGUCGAGGGUGGCUAAAGUACCGACACCUCGUUCUCAUGCAGGAAUAGUCUCUCUCAAUAGUAAGAUAUAUAUCAUCGGUGGUUUUCAAUCUGAUGCCAUGUUCGACACAGCAACCGCUGUUGUCGACAUUUUUGAUUUGGAAAGCCAAAGUUGGACUUGCGGUGAAAGUUAUCCUCAGGAUAUUUGGGAGCAUACUUGUGUCACCCUAUACAUUCCCACAUGUCGAGAGGACAUGGAGGUUUUUCCUGCGUCAACGUAACAACUCAUUUCUCUCUUAGUUUUACAAGGGAAACUGUGUCUCUAUAUUGAUAUUACAAUGAUACCAAUCCAUUAUUAUAUAAUGUAUAAGACCAGCUCAUGUGAUUUUUUAAAUAUUUAUAUAAACAUUUAUUUUCAAUUUCUGUUUACCGUCAUGCGCCUCUAUCUUAUUUAAAAUGAAUAUUUAUCUGUUAACUGCAGAUCUUUAAUAGAUAAAAAUUAUUUUUUAUUUAUUAGAAGUAAUGAGGAUUUUAAUUAUAGACAUUGUUGAAAGCAUGCAUCCUCAGCACAGUAAGUGAGCCAACUUUAUCUGUUCAGUGGAUUUGGUAAAAAGAGGAUUUAUCUAUACUCAUUAAAUCUGAUAAAUAAGUCAUAAAUAUUUAAAAUUAACAUCUUCCUCUGGCUUCAAAGUUUUUAAAUUUGAAAAUAAAUCUUUGGAUUUUUGAUGUUUUGGUUUUGCUGUUUUUAUUUCUUUUAACAAAAAAAGGUUAAGGAGUAUUUUCAAUGUAAAAGUUCGAUCCAAGAUUUUUUGUUCUCAUUAUUCUGUUAUGUGUAUUCUAUGUAAUGUUUUAUUAUUAUUAGUGUAAUCAAAAUGGAAUGAUGCAAUACGAGGCUCAACAUUAAUGUGUUACUAAAUGUUAGAGCAUUGCUCCAAACUGUUCGUUUUAUUUUUUUAAUAAUUUUUUAUUUUAUAUUUAUAAGCAUAUCAUAUGGAUUGCUUUGCUUAAAUAGUUUUUAUCCUUCAACAAAUAUCUCUCUGCCUGUGAUAAAAGUUAAAUUAUUCUCAUUUUGUUUUUUUAAAUGUUUUCAUCCUGGUAAUUUUUUUUAGAUACAACAUUUUUAACUAUCAUAAAAAUAUUGAAAGUUUUUAUUCUUUAUCAUUGGCUAAAACCAUUUCUUUUUAUUCUAAUGAAUCAGCCCAUAUGACUAACUACAUCAGACUAGUAUAUAAUACAAUACCGAAAUUAACUAUUACAAAUAAAAUAGAAUUUUAUUACAGCCAGUAAUAGUUUCAGUAUUCCAAGUCUGAUGAAUCCAAUUAGUGAAGUGGAAGUUUUCUGCCUGUAAGCCAACAAGGAUGUAAACAUUAAUGGGAUGGUAUCCAGGUCUGGUUAACAGUCUGCUACUAGUAAACAGAUACAUAAUACAGUUUCUUUUACUUAUUUCAUCAACACCUUUCCCCACAGGCAAACUCAUCUUAGAUGCACUAUAUCUUUUUCCUCCAAGACGUGCGGGUAGUUAAGUUAGUUGGUAAGUAGCUGAGGAAAAUGGAAGUCAUUAUUUAAAGUUUAUUUGCAAUAAGUAGAAAGGUUUCAAUAUCAGGAUACUAAUGAAAAAAUUAACAAUAAAAAUAUUUAUUACUUUUAAACAAUAAAAUUGUAUUGCAUACCAUUAAGUAAAAAUAUAUACAAAUAGGAC